AUGUCAGGGACAUUCCAGACACAGAUUAUGCUCUCGAGGCCCUACCUGACGCGAGAGCAAAUCAAAAGGGCGCAACAAAACACAAUAUCAGACCGAAGGGUGUAUAACCAAAAAAGGAUAUCAGUGUUCAAAUACCUAUGUGAUAUGUGUGUCCAGUUUAAGUUUCCAAGAAGAACACUGGAAACAGCAAUGUACUUCUAUCAGCGGUUCUACUUAUUCAAUAAGUUCGAAACGGAGUUGUGUUACGACGUAGCUACCAGCUGUCUCUUCCUCAGCUGCAAACAAGUGGAGACAAUGAAGAAGGUCGCGGACCUUGCCACUGUUUCACUCCGGUUACGAAGUAUUGUCAAGGUCUCGCCCGAACUACUAGACAAUUGCAAAAAGCGGAUAUUUCAAAUGGAGUUGCGUAUUCUCGAGACGUGUUGUUUCGACUACAGGGUCAACAAUUCGGUACAUAUCGACGACCUGCUAGUUAAGAUUGGAAAAGAUUUAAAGCUAAGCCACGAAGUUUGUUACCUUGCAUGGCUCAUUGCGUUCGACGCUUUGAAGCUUGAAAUAUUACUAAUGGUUCCCCAGCACACUAUCGCGAUAGCUGUGCUAAAAAUUGCAUGCGAGCUCACAGAGGGAGUGAGUUGGCCUAAUGUGAGGUAUUCUCUUUUCGAGAGUGACGAGUUGUCGGUUGGCGAGGCCUACUUUGAUAUCAUAAACUUCUUCAUCAACGUUUUCGAUCUUUCAGAUUUAAGAGCCCACGUCCCCAACAAUCUGCGAAAUGUGGGAAUAGAGACUUUCAUUGAACUAAAAAAACAAGCGGGCCUUGAAAAGGGCCUGAAGGAACCCGAAAAUGUCUCCUCAGACCCCUAUGUCGUGAAGGAGAGGGAUUUUACGAUACAGGAAAGACGAUAUGUUUUAUAUGGUAAGCGAAUAAGUGACGAAAACAAGCCCAUCAAACAGGAAACAAAAAAGGAGAAAGUUUAG